AUGAAGGAUGCUCUCCUGAACCAGAACCGCACGAUCUUAUUCUCUUUGUGUGACUGGGGCAAUGCCGAUGUGAACACCUGGGGCAAUCAGACCGGUAACUCAUGGCGCAUGUUUAAUGAUAUCAGCGCGUGGUGGACCACUGUCGCCGCAUUAGCCAAUGCGACCACCUUCAAGAUGAACUACGUCGGCUUCUGGGGCCACCCUGAUCCCGACAUGCUCGAGAUUGGCAACGGCAAUCUAACUGAAGCUGAGAGCCACUCUCACUUUGCUUUGUGGGUGAUCAUGAAGUCCCCUCCCAUCAUAGGCACUGCCCUCAGCAACCUGAGCGACACUAACCUGGCUAUCUUGAAGAACAAGUACCUCCUCGAAUUCCACCAGGAUGAAGUAGUCGGCUGCUCCGCCCAACCCUACAAGUGGGGAUACAACCCAAACUGGACUUUCGACCCUAAGCACCCGCCGAGUACUGGUCUGGUCCCUCAUCGGCCCUUGAGGGCACCCUGGUGCUGA